AUUUGGACCAAGGGGCCAAGGAUGCAGGGCUGCCAUCCCCCGUAAUCUCCUCACUAAAUAUACCUGCACAAGGUGGGGGAGUGCACCGCCCAGUCACAGCCCGCCACCAGCCAUGGAUGAAGACGACCAGAAAAUGAUGAUGCUUCGGAAAGCAUUCCAAAUGUUUGAUACAACGAAGAGCGGCUUCAUCGACACCCUCAAAAUUUCAACAAUCCUUAAUACGAUGGGUCAGCUGUUUGAUGACGAAGAACUCAACGCUCUUAUAGAAGAAACAGACGCUGAUUUAACGGGUAAAGUAAACUUCGAUGGUUUCUGCCAAAUCGCAGGACAUUUCCUCGAAGAAGAGGAUGCGGAAGCUAUGCAGGAAGAGCUGAAAGAAGCUUUCAGGCUGUACGAUAGGGAAGGUAAUGGCUACAUCACGACAGCUACGCUGCGGGAAAUCUUAGCUGCCCUUGACGACAAGCUGACGUCUGACGAUCUAGACGGAAUCAUCGCUGAAAUCGAUACGGAUGGUUCCGGUACCGUUGACUUUGAUGUAACGGGUAAAGUAAACUUCGAUGGUUUCUGCCAAAUCGCAGGACAUUUCCUCGAAGAAGAGGAUGCGGAAGCUAUGCAGGAAGAGCUGAAAGAAGCUUUCAGGCUGUACGAUAGGGAAGGUAAUGGCUACAUCACGACAGCUACGCUGCGGGAAAUCUUAGCUGCCCUUGACGACAAGCUGACGUCUGACGAUCUAGACGGAAUCAUCGCUGAAAUCGAUACGGAUGGUUCCGGUACCGUUGACUUUGAUGGUACUUCAAUUAUUUAUUUAAUCUACAAUAUCUGUAAUAGUUUAAAAUAA